AGUUUUCGAUAAACGUCUAAUAGGCCAUCGCCGAGAAACAUCUGUAUAGGGCGGCCAAUUUUUAUCAGCCCAGGGCGGCAUUUCUUCAAUUACGUGUGUGGAUCUGGGGAAGAUUUGAAGAAAACUUAAGAGUAGAGUUUUUUAGACUAAGCCAAUUCGGAUGCUCCGAUUCGGAAACGACCUUGAUUGACAUCUCUGAUGAGAAUCCAUGCCGAAUAUUUGCGGCAGUCGCAGUCGAACAUCGCUAGUUGAAUACAGAAGUUAAUAGUGAUAGUGAUAACAGAAGAAAAAACAGUGGCAUCUACGCAUCUCAUUAAAGUGAGGAAAUUUGUUGUUGACGAUUCCGUUCGAAAAUUGUGAAUUGAAUUCGAUAAUUUUGCAGUUAUGAAUUUGCAAUGGAUCAUUGCAAUAUUUAUGCUCGUCCUGCAGUCAGCGACAUGUAACAUAAGAAACUGUUGCCAAGGAGACAACGUCUUGGUGAAAAAAAAAUGUGUCACUGGUUCUAUAAACGAUACACUCAGCUGCCCCAACAGAUUUCUAUUGCACAUUGAAGAUUUGGAUAAAAUAGACGAAAUAAAUGGUCACAUCGUUUUCGCCAAUAUUUUGAAAGAAAGCGAUAGUUUUUGCAGAACUUCUCUAAACGACUCAGACUUGUUCAUAGUGUGCUACGAUCCGGAAGAAAUUGGUGAACCUUACGAUUGGUACAUUUUUGUUGGAUUCCUAUCGUCAUUUUUCCUUUUCCUUACUGCGGCCAUUUAUGUUAUUCUACCGGAAUUAUUGGAUUUACAGGGCUUAUGUGUUGUCCAUUCCGUUUUAGGAUUGGCAUUCGCAUUCAUCGUCUUGGGAGUCAAUCGGAUGGUAGAUGAUGUAGCCCCUUACGUCUGCAAUUUUUAUGCGUUCUCGUUAUAUUUCUGCUUUCUCUACUCCUUCUUCUGGCUCAACGCGUACUCAUUCCACCUUUGGAGGACAACAACGCAACCAAAAAUAUUCGAAAAUGUGACUAGAUGGAAAAGGAUUUACUACAUCUACAGUUGCGGUUUUCCUCUUUUUCUGCUAUCAGUUGUGUGUUUCUCUCAAGUCUCCAAUCUUUACAUAUACACACAUCCACGAAUGGCGGAGGAGUCCAUAUGUUGGUUCGGAACCCUUGAAGCUUCCUUCGUUUAUCUGUUCGUUCCAAUUUCAAUAAUACUAGCUCUUAACAUAAUCUUUUUCUUCUCCACGAUAUAUACAUUAUGGAAGGAAAUCCAGCAAUACGAUGGAAGAAGAUUGAAAAUUAUAAAAUAUAGAUUGGGACUCUGCUUCAGAAUGUUUUUUGUGAUGGGAAUAUCAUGGAUUUUUGAAGUUCUUUCUGCUGCAUUCGAGAACGAGCACCCUUCCGUGAUAUGGAGGAUAACCGAUGCCAUCAAUGCUCUUCAAGGUGUUUCAAUAUUUCUUGUGAUGGUUGUGUUUCGAAAACGGGUAUAUCGUUUGUUGGCGCAAAAACCCUUCGGUCGAUGGUUACCCUCUACUUGGAGAUCUGUUGGAGGAGAUGAUGAGGAAGAUGAAGAAUGUACUGAAGUAAACGAUUUGAAACUUGACUCUGUUGCUGAAUCGUAAAUUUGCUGAAUUUUUUGGCAAAUAUCUACCUAGUCAAAGCAUUUGUACAUAUAUAGAGUAUAUUUCUAAUAAAAUAUGCUUGGACC